GUUCUUUUCAUUGGUGGAACGGUUCCAAUACUCAAAACUACUAGAGACAGUUCGAUCCACAGAGCUGUCAGGCGCAGCCGAAAGCACCUAAGCACUCUCUAGCCAUAUAUCAUUCCAUGCUUUCUCUCCUCCUUCUCAAGUUCUCUAGAUUGUAUUGUGUUGUAGCCCUGGUUGAUGAGAGAGUUCGAAAUCUCCUGGCGUCUCAAAGCCAACGGGAAACGGAUUACCGAGAAAUUAGCGAUGGUCUGUGCGCACCUUCGAGCUGCAGGAGUGCAGCUCCCUUGGAUCCCUUGAGGAGCUGCCCCACAUUGCCAAAAGAAGUCUGGCUGCUUGUCCAUUUGCUUUCAACUUUCUCAGUCACUAUUGACAGGAGGCAGUCAGACAAGGCUGCGUACCUUGAAGACUGUUGCAUGUGAUCUUCCGACAUGAUUGACCCCGAAGGACCCUGUCUCCGCUCUUCCGCAAUGACUGCUGUUUUUCCUAGACUUGCAGCUUGCAACACACUGACCCUUGUACAACCGAUCGUUGCAACCCCGGGCCAAUU